AGCUUUCCACCCGGAGUACUUUCACUGUGACGCACCGGGAACAACUGAAAACACAACUCCCGUACCUCGAGCAGCAUGUAGAACUAUAGUAUUAGUGUAAGUCGACAUCUGACAGUGUCAACGCGUCGUUGUUGUUUUUCUUCGACAGAGUUUGUUGGUUAAAAUGUCUCUGACGUCACACGGUGCUGAGACGUCAGCUAACUGGAUCCUGCUGCAUCCAGCGUAUCUGAAAAUGAAGAGUCUGGAUGUUGGGGACAGCGCACAGCUGCAUGCAGCGUUUCUGGCCUACAUGGAUCUAACUGAGGUGCGUCGGUGGAAGGAGGUGUCUUGUGUCAAGAGUCCUGAACUGCAGUUGGUGUUGUUGGAGGGAAAGGAGAAGGAAGGAGCACACACGCAGACUGUCCUUGCACUGCCUGUUCAUAAAUCACUGAGCCACAGAAGCAUACGACACAUGCUGGACAGAGGGUUUCCGGCGCUGCUGUGUGCGGUGGGAUCUGACUCCACCCUUGUCUACCAGAGGAUGACCGAUGGGUUGGUGACACCCGACCCCCCUGUAGGCCCCUUCCAGGAUGUGGGGCGGCGGCAGCACCGGAAGAGACGACAGCAGCGCUGAGUACCUGGGGGGAGUUGAUGAAGCAUAGAAGAGCAGAAAGGAUGACGUUGAAAACCAGCUGAUCAGUCGGUCUGUCAGGAACAGACUGUGAUUCACAGGCUUCUACUUGCUUCAGUAAAGAGGAUGGUGAACUUUAUCACUUCAACUUUCAGUUAAAUUGUGUGUCGCGUGACAUGACUCACCAAAUGAGAGUGGUUCAGAUGAGAGUCCAGCUCUUCUGAGGCUGAUACAGACGUUGAUCUGAUGUUGAUGAUGAUGAUGAUGAUCAACAUAAAUGCCAGAUAAUCUUAAGCCCUCAAGUGUUUUUGUUGAGAUGUGACUACCAUAACACGCUCUGUUCACACGGAAUAAAUGUGUGCUUGGAAUUAUUUCAUACAGAAA